GGGGGACGGACGCCUUUUAUUCUAUGAUAACUCCCUCUUAUUAUGCCAACAUCGGUGCCCCCACACAGGUGCUCCUUGGCGGCGGUCACGUGGGUCCCGCCCAGCAGCGCUCGACCAAUAAAGAGCGCCUGAAGUCGAAGCUCAGCUUCCUUCUUCGCUACGAGCCGCAGAGAGGAGGCGGACGGGAGGUACGAAACGAAACCGGGGAAGAUUGUCGAACGGUUGGGUCGCUGGAUAGAACGAACGAACAAGCAAGGCAAACCGUUAGCAAUACAUAAACCCCAACCGGAUACGAGAGCGGAUAUCGGCUGCAGACGCCCGGCGGCCUUGCAACAGCUCUAUUGGACAUUUCUGUUUUACGACCAAAGUGCAGCUCUGUGCAAGUGCACGGGGAACGGGGGCUUGCAAUUGGUAGAUCGGGAGGGCUCGUCCUCGUGCCUUCCACUGCAAGAGGCAACCGGAGGAAACCCAAGCGACUGCUGCUGAGACGCCGGCGCCAGCAGCAGCAGCCUGCGCAGUUAGAAAAACGAGUCUGCGGAAUAACCCACCCGGCCAAAGCGUUCCCCUGCCUAAGCCCAUGAGCGAAUCGAAAGGACUUGCACCCCCGGUGAACGAUGCAGCAAUGUAGCGGUCUCGGGUCUUCGGAAUAGGCCUACCAAGCGGUCGGGUGCAGACGGUACUUUUCUUUUUUUCCUUUUUUUGGUGUUGAGCAACUCGGACACAGGCCUUCACAGUAUUGCACCACGACUCUGGUAUCCCCCAGAAGCCCCCACUGGGGAAUACUUUGCUUGACUCCCGCGGGAGACCCCGAGAACUGAGCGACAUGGACUGUGUCAACAGGAGCCGGGCUGUUUUUUGAACUGCGCACACGUCCAGUUCCUCCUCCUCCUCCUCCUGCUUUUCCUCCACCUCCCGUUCUGUUGCUCGUGCGACAUGGAGAGGCUCGACUCGGACCUGGACGGGGCAGAACCGCCCAUCCACAGCGUCCACGGCCCAAACCGGGUCCGACCCUCCUCGUACCGGGCUCUACGCAGCGCGGUGUCCAGCCUGGCCCGGAUAGACGACUUCACCUGCGAGAAGAUCGGCGCUGGGUUCUUCUCCGAGGUGUUCAAGGUGCAGCACCGGGUGACGGGGCAGGUGAUGGCCCUGAAGGUGAACACCAUGGCCAGCAACAAGGCCAACAUGCUCCGGGAGGUGCAGCUCAUGAACCGCCUCUCCCACCCCAACAUACUCAGGUUUAUCGGCGUGUGCGUCCACGAGGGCCAGCUCCACGCCCUGACGGAGUACAUCAACGGGGGGAACCUGGAGCAGCUCCUGGAGAGCGAGACGCCUCUCCCCUGGGGGGUGCGCCUGGGCCUGGCCCUGGACGUCGCCCGUGGCCUGGAGUACCUCCACAGCAAGGGCAUCUUCCACCGGGACCUCACCUCCAAGAACUGCCUGGUGUGCUGGGAGAACGGUGCGUGCUCGGCCGUGGUCGGGGACUUUGGCUUGGCGGAGAAGAUACCAGAGUACAGCGAGACCGGGGAGCAGGAGCAUCUGUCCGUGGUCGGCUCCCCCUACUGGAUGGCCCCGGAAGUGCUCCGAUGGGAGGCGUACAACGAGAAGGUGGACGUGUUCGCAUUCGGCAUCAUCCUGUGUGAGGUCAUCGCCAGGGUGCAGGCUGACCCUGACUUCCUGCCCAGAACAGAGGACUUUGGCCUGGACGUGGACACCUUCCAGCACAUGGUGGGCGACUGUCCCCCAGACUUCCUGGAGCUAGCCGUCACCUGCUGCAAUAUGAGCGCGGCGCUGAGGCCGUCGUUCGCCGAGAUCGCAGCCCAGCUGGAGCGCAGGGAGGCGGGGGUGGCGCCCGCAGACGGACCGGCCGCGCGCUGCGACACCUCCACCUGCUCGCCUGCGAUUGGUCCUCCUUCCCGUCGGGGCUCGCUGUGCCCGCCCACCGACGCCCGCCUCUCCCGCAGCAAGUCGGACAUGCUGUGCCCCCCGGCCACGCCCCCCGCCCCGGGCGCCCUGGCGGCCCCUGGCUGCGGGCGGGUCAACCCCUUCUCCCAGCGCAAGGACCUGCAGGGCGGCAAGAUCAAGCUGUUCGACACGCCCUCCAAGUCGGUCAUCUCGCUGACCUUCGCCCUGCCACCGCCGCUCCACGACGACCCCGCCGACGGCGUGGGGGGCGGGACCCCGGCCCGCAGGCACCGCCGCUGCCUGUCCCUGCCGUGCACGCCCCCGCCCAACCUCACCUCCACCCCCCUGCCCCCCGCCCCCAGCGCCCGGGCGGACCGCCGCCGGGAGACCGGGAAGGAGGAGGAGGGGGAGGGGCGACGGACGGCUGACGAAGAGGAGGCGCUGCUGGCGUCGAAGACCGCCUGCGACUCGGUCAACGACUCGGGUCUCCCGUUGCCCUCGGAGACGCUGACCCUGGAGCUGACGGACAAGGAGGAGGAGGAGGAGCCUAUGGACUGCACCAGCUCCCCGGACACGCUGGGCGGCGGUCCCGCCCCCUCCACCCCGCCCCCGUUCCACGGCAGCUGGCUCUCCAACGGCCCCAAGGGCGGCGGGGGCCUCCCCCUCCUCCCCCCGGCCCACGACAACAACAACGUGGUGGUGGGCCGCCCGCUGGCCUGGGCGCCCGCCAUCGCCCGCGGCAACGCCAACGGCUACCGCUCGCCGCCGCCGUCGUACAACGGCUACGACGACGAGGGCUACGACCCCGCCGGCGCCUCGCCGUUCGGCUCGGCCGGCGGCCACUCCCCCGACCAGGACGAGGUCAUUUCCUGUCCGGGCUGCUGCCUGGCGGGCCUGCGCUUCCCCUCGCUGUGUAUGCGGGCGUCGUCGACGGCGACGGCGCCCCGCCGGAACCCCUACAAGAACCUGAACGGCGAGCGGAGCGCCAGCACGCGGGGCCUGCUGCACGCCGGCUCCAAGGGCCACUCCCCCUCCUCUAGCCCCGCCCCCACCCAGACCAAGAAGACCAGCCCGGAGCCGGGACUCGUGCUGCCCGGCGCCCAGACAUAGUGACACCCCCCUCCUCCCCCCCCCCCCCCUCCCUCCCUCCCUCGCCACACACUGCCGGCCGGGUGGUUCUAGUGGGGUUCUUCUCUUUGAGAUGUUUGCACUGAUUUUAACCCAGCAAUACUACUACCACACACACACACACACACACACACACACACACACACACACACACACACACACACACACACCUUAAGUUUCCAGCGAUGGAGGAGGAGGUGGAUGACAUUGAGUCUGGCUGCUGGACCGACGGGGUCAGUCCACUUAUUUACUGAAUGAUUUGAGUAUUUCCAACUGCUCCCGUCUCCCUGUGAUGAGCAAAGAGUCACUGCUCUAUAAUAUAGAAGGCGGGGGGGGGGGGGCAAGGAAAGGGGAGAAGAGGCCACUUUUGGUUUAGGAUUGCGCCAUAGACCGCUUGUAGGUUUGUGGCGCAGCGGCCGUUGGUGGCUUUGUAGCGCCCUCUGCUGGGCAAGGGGCGCUAUGAACUCGGAUGUCACGUCGGAAAGUGCAGCACGCCGAGACGCACGACGGCUAGUCGUGUUAGCAUGAAAAAGAAGACGCUCGUAAAAAAUGAACAUAAUAAGACCCCUUACCUGAAUGUUCCCGUGCUGUAAAACUGCUGAACGACUGAAAGAUUUAAAUAGAAAAAUUGACAAAAAAAAUCAUGAGUGACGAAGAAUGUUGAUGUAGGUCUUUGGUAUUCCAGUAGCGGCGGACACAGGCGCGUCUCUUGACUUGAAUAGUGGGCACUGGUAUGCCUACAGUGGUUGUUAACGUGAUGAGCUCCACCUGUGUUCGCUGUUACUGGAACGCCUCUGUGAUAAAGGCCUGAUAGUCGAGUAUUAACGGAAGGGGGGACGAUGUCAUGGAGGGAGAAAAAAAAAAGCUUUUGUGUUUUUUUUUACAAGGUGAAUGAUGUACUGCCGAUGAGAUGUUUUGGUAUGAAAAGAAGAGGUGUGUGUGUGUGUGUGUCGCAUUAUUUUGUUUGUUUUGCUGUAGGCCUAUCAUUUCUCCGGUUGCCUGGUGAGCACUUCGGCUGUAUUACUUUUUGUUAUCGCGAUACGGAAACAUUCGCAAUUAUUUGGUGAAUGAAAAGAAUGGUCAGAGACCUAUAAUUUCCACGAGAUGUACAGAUUGUUAUUUAAAGAUGUAAUUAAAUAAAGAAUAUAGACUCUAAA